AUGUCCAUCACUGACAUCCAACUCCCCACAGUAGAUGAGGAUCUCUCCAGAGUGAUAACAGAAAUCCAGACCCUACCUUUCCGGAUUGAAAUGGACCAACCGGAUUCCGAGGUUUCUGGAUCUCGCGAGAGGACAGGCCGGAAGGGUUGGGAAGAGAUUGUGAUUGUGGCUGCCCCUGGCAGCGAGCGCUGUGUGUCAGGAUGUUGCAUGAGGAGGUGGUGCCCUAGCUUGGAAGGGGUGGCAGGAGGGGUGCCUCAACCAGAGGUAUCUCAGCCAGGAGGGGCAACAAGAGGGGUGCCUCCCCCAGCCCUCAGCACCAGGACCCGAGGCAAGCAAGGGACACCAGAACCACCUGAACAGACCCCGGGGGACCCAGUUCCAGUGUUCACAGUCCGGAUGGUGGGUGAUCGCUACAAUUGGAAAUCCCAAAACCCUCCUUUCUCUGAGGAACCCCAGAAACUCAUUACCCUAUUGGAAUCUAUUUUGUUCACACACCAUCCCACUUGGGAUGAUUGUCAGCAAUUAUUACAGGUACGCUUCACCAUGGAGGAACGUGAACGAAUCCUCCACGAGGCUCGCCGACAUGUUCCUGGGAUAGACGGGCUCCCCACAACCCAGCCUCACCUCAUAGAGGCGGCUUUUCCCUCCACUCGUCCCCCCUGGGACUUUGAGCUACAAGAAGGUAGGGAUCACCUACGUGUCUAUCGCCAGGUUCUCAUGGCUGGUCUCCGUGCUGCGGCUCGCAAGCCGACUAAUUUGGCUAAGGUAUAUUUAGUUAGACAAGGGCCUGAUGAGAGCCCUGCUGCCUUCUUGGAGAGGCUCCAGGAGGCCUUUUGCCUAUACACUCCUAUGGACCCCCUGGCAGAAACCAGUAGGGCAGCAGUCCUACUCUCAUUUGUCAACCAAUCGGCCCCCGAUAUCCGCCGAAAGCUCCAAAAGAUAGAAAACCUGGGAGAGCAGUCUAUAAGUGACCUCCUUAAGGUAGCUGAGCGAGUGUUUAACACCCGAGAAACUCCUGAGGAAAGGGCAGAGCGCCUACACCAGGAGGAGCGGGAAUACAAAACCAGGCAGCACCAAGAGGAUCAGGAGUACAAAGACAGACAGGACAGAAAGAAUCAGAAAGACCUAGCUAAGAUCCUGGUGGCUGGGCUGUCCCAGCAACUGCAGAAGGAACUCCCCAGUAAUCGAGGGGGCCGCUCACGUUGCUUCCAAUGCGACCAGGAAGGAUGGGACUCUCAACCCCUCCCAGAGUCCUGGGUAACCCUGAAGGUGGAGGGGAAACCAAUGAACUUUAUGGUUGAUACAGGUGCUCAGUUUUCAUUUUUAACAAAACCUGUAGGGGCAGUCUCCUCUAAAGCCAGUUGGGUGCAGGGUGCCACCGGUACCAAAAAAUAUAAUUGGACCACUGGCUACCAGGUGGACCUUGGUCGCCAUCGAGUUACUCAUUCCUUUCUUGUCAUCCCUGAUUGCCCAGCCCCUCUCCUAGGACGGGAUCUCCUGCAAAAGGCAGGGGCCCAUAUCCAUUUCUCAAACUCUGGGGUCUCAGUCACAGAUGAUCAAGGUUCACCUCUACAUGUUUUGACUCUAUCCCUCCAUGAUGAGCAUCGCCUCCAUGCAGACCCUGCCCCGCUGGAAGUUCUAGACCACGUCCGCCCCUGGAUGGACAAGGUACCUGAGGUAUGGACUGAGAUUUCGGGCAUGGGCCUGCCGUCCAUCAUUGUGGCACUUAAACCAGGGGUGACUCCAGUGAGGGUCAAGCAGUAUCCCAUGUCCUUGGAGGCUCGAAGAGGGAUUGCCCCACAUAUCACUCGUCUUCGGGAAGCAGGUAUUCUGGUCCCCUGCUGAUCCCCAUGGAACACCCCUCUCCUACCUGUCUGCAAGCUAGGAGGACAGGACUUUCGCCCUGUCCAAGAUUUGAGGGAGGUGAAUCUGCGUGUGGAGGACAUCCACCCCACUGUACCUAACCCAUACACUUUGCUGAGCUCACUGCCACCUGACCUCAGCUGGUACACCACCCUCGACUUAAAGGAUGCCUUCUUCACCUUGCCACUAGCCCCCAUUAGCCAGCCCUUGUUCGCCUUUGAGUGGCAUGAUGAGCAGGCGCAAACAACAGGUCAACUAACGUGGACUCGGUUGCCCCAAGGGUACAAAAAUUCCCCGACAAUCUUCAAUGAGGCCCUCACCUCAGAUUUAAGGGAAUUCCGCAGUUACCCCCUAAUUACCCUCCUCCAAUACGUAGAUGACCUCUUACUCGCUGCUCCUACCCAAGUGGCUUGUGAAACCGCUACCCAGGGCCUGCUAGAGACUCUAGGUCACCUUGGUUAUAGGCUGAGCACUAAGAAGGUCCGUAUAGCCCAGCGGGAGGUCACCUACCUGGGAUAUAAGCUUCAAGGGGGACAAUGGUGGCUGACCCAGGCCAUGAAAGAUACUCCUCCACCAAAGGGACCCCGGCAGGUGCGGGAAUUCCUAGGGUCGGUGGGGUAUUGCCACCUCUGGAUCCCUGGGUUUGCAGAGAUUGCCCGGCCCCUAUACGAAGGCUCUAGAGAGAAGGCAGACUGGGCUUGGUCACCUGCCAUGAACGAUGCCUUUCAGAGAUGCAAACAGGCCAUGCUAACUGCCCCUGCCCUAACCCUGCCAAACCCUGAAAAGCCCUUUCAGCUAUUUGUAGAUGAAAAGAAGGGAGUAGCUAAGGGGGUGCUGACCCAAUGACUAGGGCCUUGGGACAGGCCAGUAGCUUACCUGUCCAAAAGACUAGAUCCUGUGGCAUUGGGGUGGCCCCCCUGCCUGCGCAUCAUAGCUGCUGUGGCCUUAUUAGUCCGAGAUGCUGACAAGCUCACGUAUGGGCAGGCCCUUCGAAUAACCACUCCUCAUGCCGUUGAGGGCAUCCUUAAACAACCACCUAGUCAAUGGAUGUCUAAUGCCUACCUCACUCACUAUGAGGGCUUGUUGUUGAAUGCCCCCUGAAUCUCCUUCCAUGUGACGUCCGCCCUGAACCCUGCAACCCUGCUACCUGACCCCCCCACCAGACCAACCCUACAUGAUUGCCAGGAGAUCCUGGCUGAGACAGUGACGGCCAGAUCAGACCUGAAGGAUACCCCACUUCCCAACGCAGACCUGGUCUGGUUUACAGAUGGGAGCAGCCUCAUCCAGGAUGGGAAACAACAGGCAGGAACAGCAGUGGUGGAUGCAUUGGGGAACCUCAUCUGGGCAGCAGCGCUACCCAAGGGAACCUCGGCUCAGAAAGCAGAGUUGGUUGCCCUACAAAUGGCCCUUGAAAAAGCUGAAGGGAAGCGACUGACGGUAUACACAGACAGUCGGUAUGCCUUCGCCACCUUGCAUGUCCAUGCACCCAUCUACAGGGAGAGAGGGUUUUUCACCACAGGAGGUAAGGGGGUCAAAUACCUGGAAGAAAUCCAAGCACUCCUCUCUGCAGUUUGGUGACCCAAGGCAGUAGCUGUGGUCCAUAUCCCUGGCCACCAAAAAGGGGACCCUUUAGAGGCACGGGGAAACCGAGCUGCUGACCAGGCGGCGCGAGAAGCUGCCUUCCAUUCGCCCCUCCUCACCCUGCCCAUGAUCAUACCACCCCCUCCAUCUGGGGAUCCUCAAUACUCGAAACAAGACUUAGACUGGGUGGCACGGCACUAUGGAGUUAAAGACGGCCUGUGGUACAGAGACCCAGAAGACAACAGAAUCCUCCCUGAAGCGCUGGGACAGCUGCUCUGCACUCAUCUGCACCAUCUUUCUCAUCUGGGGGAGAAGAAACUUGCCCAGCUUCUGGACAAGGGACAACUGAGGUUCCCAGGCCGGGGAAACCUACUUAACACAGCUAGUAGCCGCUUGCCGGGCUUGCCAACUAAUGUGCUAAAACAGCCCAAGAAACUGAUGGAAGAGAUCAUUCCUCACUUCGGGUUCCCAGUAACCACUGGUUCUAACAACGUACCUGCUUUUGUGAGCAAGGUCCUUCAGGAACUUACAGCUGCCCUGGGGGUGGAUUGGAAAUUACAUUAUGAGUAUAACCCCCAGAGUUCCGGCCAGGUACCCUGGAUGCCCACAAAGCCCCAAGGGCCAGAGGAAUUCCGAGCCAUGCUCUUGAGGCUUGCAGAAGCCCACCGUGAUCUGUGGCUCAGAGAAUUCUUCCAACCCUCUCCUCUUCCCCCACACGACUUUGCACCUGGAGUUUGGGUGUGGGUUAAGCGGCACCAGUGUGCCACCCUCCAGCCCCGCUGGAAAGGUCCGUAUGUCACUCUUUUUAUCACCCCCUCUGCUUUAAAGGUUGACGGCAUUGGACCUUGGAUCCACCACACACAUGUUCGCCGAGCAGACCCACCUGAGCAGCCUGAACCCCAGUGGCAAGCCCGCAGACACCCUACGAACCCCCUCAAGAUUCGUCUCCUCAAAACAAAAGGGGAAACUCAUGGGCCUAACUAA